AGGAGGUAUGGCGGGGUCGGCGGGCGGCUUCUCGGAGGAGCAUUUCCGGGAGGCCUACGCAGAGCUCCGGCAGCCUGUGGGGGCCGGGGCCGGCUGGCAGCUGCUGGUGGAGACCUUGAACAUCAGCGUCUACUGGCGGCGGGACAAGAGGACUGGACUGUAUGAGUAUAAAGUCUUUGGUGUUCUGGAGGACUGCCCACCAGCUGUACUUGUAGAUGUCUAUACGGACUUAGACUAUAGAAAACAGUGGGACGAGUAUGUUGAAGAACUCUAUGAACAAGAAUACAAUGGACAGACUGUGAUCUACUGCAAAGUGAAGUACCCCUUUCCCAUGUCCAAGAGAGACUAUGUCUACAUCUGGCAGCUGCAAGAGCUGGACACAGCCAGCGGGAAGAUCUACAUGGUCCUGGCCCAGAGCACCUCAGUGCCUCAGCUUCCUGAGAAGCGGGGGGUGAUCCGGGUGAAGCAGUACAAGCAGAGCCUGGCGAUUGAGAGUGAUGGCAAUGGGGGGAGCAAAGUUUUCAUGUCUUACUUCUAUAACCCAGGUGGCCACAUUCCGUCCUGGAUCAUUAAGAGGGCUGUCCAGAAGGAAAUUCCUAACUUCUUACGUGACUUGGUGAAAGCAUGUCAGAACUACCCCAGCAACAUCUAAGAAAAAGAAUUGGUAAUGUUGCAUCCAUGGGGCGAUGUCUCUGGAAGUGCCACCACCCACCGGUGCCCAGCCUUCCUCUCUUUCUGUCUCCAGAGGCCUGCGCGCUCUAGCACGUCGGUCCUAAGCACGUUCACCUGACGCCUGGCUCCCUCGCCUGCUUCCUUUGUCACUCUCCCCACCCUGGGGCUGGCUGCGUCUUCCACGAUUGAAUACAGAGCAGAUCAGGGAAACCUUCACUUGUUUAUUUUUAAGAAGGGAAGUCUUCAAUAAGGGAACACAGUCAUUCCAUUGUGCCAUUUUAGGGGGAUGGGUGGGUGGAAGGCCGGACAACAAAACAUAAGAGUGACCAUUCCCGCCACGCUGGCUCCUUCUCAGAAUGUGAUUUCUUCCAGCCCAGGAGGGGCUGCUGGAAGUGGCAUUCCAUUCAGGGUUGACUUUAAGUGCACCCAAACUGGAAGACACGUGCCAAUGACCAUUGAUUUGUCUGAUGCUUUGUUGAGUUGAUUAGGCUGAGAUUUGAGGUGAUGAUCUAGUCCUUUCCUCUUCGUACUUUUGGAUCAGUAGCUAUUUGGAGAAGCAUCGUGGGCCUGAGUGAGCACGUAAUGUGAUAACCAUUUUUUUCCUCAUUGCCUAUGUUUGUUUUUUUUUCUAUUUUCCAUAUGUCACUGAGAAAAGGCUGCCCAUACCUCUGUAGCUCUGCAUUUUACUGGAAACCGAAGCAGCAGGAUGGCUCUGGCAUCUAGCAAAAGCAAAGAUGCUUUGUGCAUAACCUUGUGAUAAAGUGUCCUUCUAUGCAAUAAGAUGAAUUUCCCUUCUAGAAUGUUUGGAGAUAUAGAAGGGAUAAUAGUUCACAGCUGGGUAAAAUUUAAUUAGUGGCUUGGUUGAUUCUGCACCUUUUUCUCAGGAAUUCUACCCAACUUGUCUGGCUUUUCCACCACCAAAAGAACUUUCAGUUUCCUAUGUUUUCUCCUGAAUUUUGGUAGGGUAUGAUAUCCUUUAGCCAAAGGCACAGCCUUGAUGAUCUCAGGGAAAAAUUUUAAUCACUGUGUGUAAUGGUACUGAACCUUGAUGAAUGAACAUAGAAAUUCAGGAUGUAAAGGCAGAGGAUAGGAUUUAUUAAAAUGGGAUACUUAAGAAUGUGUGUUUUCUUUCUGGAAAAAAAAAGUAUAUUCUAUAAUGAAUAAAUAUAGAAUGGCUUUUA